CCUUCGCCCACGGCUUCUUCUAUCAGUGAUAAAAGGACACGCAUUGGUUUUAUUGUUACUACUUGAAAAGAACAUCAAUCACACUCGGGUCCUCAACUCCUGGCGAUUUCAAGCUACUUUCGUGAGCUGCGUGUGUGUUGAUCUAGCUCAAAGUAGCAUUUAUUUAUGAAAUCUAUAACGGUUUGUGAAUCAUCCAACGAUCAUUCUGCUUUUUGCUUUCCUGAACAUAGUAGCCGCAGAAUAUCGACCAUUGUUAACAGACAACCUGAUCCCAAGUCGGUCAUAUACCUACAAAUACAUUCGCUAGGUUUGGAUGAAUCAAGACUGUCUUGACUAUGCGAUGAAAUGAGAACAAUGACCCUGACAAGGCGCCUUUGAUCGAAGCUUUUGCAUCAAGUACAACAUGUAGAAUCACAGCUCAUGUGGCUUGAACUGCGAAGGAAUUCAGAGCAUUCAUAGCGGUCUGUCGAUUUGUGCAGGGUCAAAGAACAUACACACAACAUCCUUUAUGAUACUCGUUUUGGUUUUUAGAUAGUCUGCUAGAAGUGUUGUAUGAACGUUGGCAUGCUAAUGUUGUCAUGCAUAUUGUCCCUCCCCUU